GAAAUCAUUUGAUUCUAGAUGACAGAUAAAUACUGAGGAUUCUAAAAAAAGAUAGCUUAUUACAUGAAAAUCUUGAUGGAUUAUUGAUGGUAUUUUUGAAUAGGAAUUUUGAAAGAGAAUCAAUUCUUUAUUAAAAUCCAUAUCAUAUUUUGAUAGUAGGAUUAAAUCUUAGUGUAGGCUGAGUUUACUGUUUAUUGAAUCAAAAAAAUAAUUAUGAAUUAAAUGUUGAUCUAUAACCUACAUCCUUCACUUAGAAUUUAUGAAACAAUUUAGCAAAUAAUAAAGUUUUUGCCGUUUGAGUGAUGUAUUCAUAUUAGGAGAUAGAAUACUAAAUAAUUUUCUUGGAUUUAUUAAUAAGGAUUAUAAAGUUUAUAUAUUAUAAAGAUAUUGAAUUGAAUGGGCAUAUAUAUAUGAUAUACUAGAUUUGAAUAAGAUAAUUCUUGAUAUUAGUUGAGGUGGAUUAAUGAAAAAGACUGUCUAGCCAUACAUUUUGGAAAGUAUAUUCUCAGCUUGUUAGAGUAUAUUUUAAUUUUAAGCAUUUUUUUAAUAACGUAAUGU